AUGAUCGAUCCGUUGAAAGUAUCAACCAAUUACUAUAAAUUGGCUCAUAUUUCUGAGAUCUCCUUUACAAUUUUCACUGCCAACUCUACAGGCUCUAGCUCAGAGGGAGGAACAGCACUAAAUGAUCAAUCUUUAUUGGAGUUGGAGCUUACUAUACGACACAAUAAUCCAGACGUUCUCUUAACGUACUACAAUAAAUGCCUCUACUACUUCAAUUUCGAACAUAUCAACCAGCAUCACACUCAGGAAUCCUUGGCUCAGUUCCAGAAAGAGUACCCUAGCUUACACUUGAAAUUUUCAAGCGUGGCCAGUGUAGAAGUGUUAACCAACCCACCUAAACCAACCCCUGCUAGCCUCAACCCUAAUAUCAAUUCAAAUUCCAAUUCCCCAGCUGGCACGGGAACUGGUGCAGGAAACAAUAGUACAGCAGGUACUGCUGCUGAAAGAAACGCAUACCUUCCAUUUAUAUCACUCACCUUUUUAAAGGCAUUAAAAAAAUUGAUACUAUACAAAUUAUCAAAGGCUGAAAAUUUACAGUUGUUUGGUAAUUACGCAGUAGUAAGCUGUGAUAAAAUUGAUAUGAAGCGAUACAUAGUUCACAUUGAUCCGGUUCUUCUUCCCAACGGUGACCUUUUGGUCUGCAUUACUCAAAGAAACAAUGCUACUCUUUUCCAAUCGAAGAUUCUAAUGGAUAAGGAUGAUACGCAGCUAAACAGCAAACAUUUUGCUAUAUACAUCAUCCCUUCAGGAAUACGAUGUCAUUUGUAUUAUCCUGAAGAGCCUAACCAUAGCUUUACCUACACCCCACCGAAUAAUAGUGACGCAAUUAUAAAUUUGAUAAAGCUAAGUACUGGUUUAGAUUUGAGCAACAAGGGCGAUGGCGAGGAUGAUAAGAUAUUAUGGGUUAAAUUGAUCCCAAAUCUUCAACAUUUGAAUAAUCAAACUUCAAAAAUUUCGAAGUUUAUCCAUCCUGUAGAUAAUAGAAAGUUUAUAUUAUGGCCAUGGAAGCUAUGUUUGGUGCAAUUUGGAUAUAGUCAGGAUCUUAAGGCUCAUGAAUUUGAUGAUAAUAUCAAUGAUGUGUCCACUGACCCCUUUCAGCUUAUUCUGGAACUCAUGGAUUUCAGUAUAAGCCAAAAUAUGGUUAUGCAUCCUAACAUUCAACAGCAGCAUAGCAGUGGCUUACAUCACUUAAGAUCAACUGAAAUGGUACCUUCUACUGUUGAUUAUAUGCCUAGUGUAGGUUCUGGACUUGAGCAGGUCGCCGGAAAUCAACCUCAAGCACCUGAACAGGAACAUGAACUUAAGGAAGAAGCAGUUGGAGAGCAGGAAGGUAUCAACAUUGAUCUUGGCGUUCACCAGGCGGUUGCUGAGAAUAAUAUUUCAACACUAGGUGCCUCACAAAGCAAUGAGAUCUUGAUUGAGAACGCUGAUAUAAGUCUACAACCGAAAAAUAUUGAAGAUGAUGAUGAAAUGGACGAUUUGUUUGGAGGAGAAAGUGAUGACGGUCAAAUUGAAGACGAUGUAGGGGAAGGAAAUUCUCCUAAGGAAGAAAAAAAAACGGAUCAACCCUCUAUUAACGAAGAAGAGGAAAUUGAUAUCAAAGAAAGUGAUUUCGAUAUAACUAACGAUGAUUUUGCAGUUAUUGAAAAGGAAGAGUUAGAGGGAUAUGAUACGAAGGAAGAAGUUAAGAAUUCUGAGCACAUAAAUGACGAAGUAAUAACUGACGAAUGUCAAGAAGACAUAGUUAAAGAAGAAGAUUCAAACGAUUCCAAAUCCAAUUCGACUAUCUCUACCUACCUUGAUAUUCCAAAAGACCAAAUGACCAUUCCAAUUAAGAAUUUUACAAAACAGCUGAAAACUCCUUAUAAUGAUCCGGGAGCCCCGCCACCAUUAAUGGCGACUCCGUUUAUCCAACCUAUGUCAACAUUUGGCGCUCCACCUCCACCUCCUCCAUCUACAGCGGCAUUACCUUCAAUCUCUGACGGCGAAGAAACUCUGUCGAAAUCUAUAUUCCUGCCCCUUCAUUUCAAUCCAAUUAUCAAGAGUAAUAUAGACAAGAAGUAUGGGCGUGGAGGAAAGUUCUUUGUUGAAAAGGAAUCCAAAAAUGGAACAGAUGAUACAAAGAAAAAAUCAAUGAGAGCAACAAGUGUAGUAGGGUAUGAGAGGUAUGAGAGGGAGAAUUCUCAUGGGAGUAGCAUCAGUUCAGAAAGUAAGUUAGAUCCAAUAAUAGAUGGUUCUGGUAACGGAGCUGUGGGUAAUUCAAGUAUAAGGGAUAUUUUGGAACUAGAAGAUAAUAUUGACGACUUUGACUAUAACAACUCGAUGAAUGAAGAUAUUGAAAGUGAUGAGGAUGAAGAUAUAGAGAUUGCACUGAAGGGAAGGUCUCCACUUUUGAAGUUGAACAAUCUUCCUGAAUCCCAACUUAAGAUCAAAGCCGCUUCUGUUCCUCUAGCUAGCAAACAGAACUCAAUCACCUCGAACAGCAUGUACUAUAAUAACCUCGAUUAUAGUUCUCCUACGUCAAAUACUUCUGCUUUCCCUCAACUUGCGAAUGCAAAGCUUGAAUCUCCAUUUGGUAAUAUCAAUGCGUUGGGUAUAAGUACAGCAAGUGUACUUUCCUCUCGGGGAAACAAUGCUUCUUUGUCACCUGUUGACUUAAACCCUUAUGCUUCUUUUGUGAAAGAGUUGCUGGAUGACGAACGUUCGAAUGAAGACGACGUAGAAAUCAUCGAAAUUGAUGAUGAAAAUAAUGAUACAAAGGGUAACUCUGAUACGACAUCACCCACCGCAAACUUCGUUGGAGGUGAAAAUGCGGUUGACGUUGGAACAGAAGCAGACUCUGUAAAUGCCAGAGGUUCGUUAGCCAGACCUACUUCCGUUCCUCUACUGAAUUCUAACACUCCACCUAUAUCUUCAAGUAACAGUAUGUCGGAAGCUAGUAACUGCUUGCCCUUAAUCUUGAGAUGCAUUAACGUUUGCACCAUCCCAGACGUAUUCUUCUUGAAUAAUCUUAAAGACUGGGCACCCCCUGUCGUUUCUACAACAUUCAUGUAUGUUGAUGAUGAAGUUGAUUCUUGGGACGAUGGAGAUGAAUUAAAAUCGAGCCAAUCUAUGUCUGUUAAACUAUCUGACAUUGAUGACUUCUUGCACUGGUUGACCCCAUCCCUUGUAUUUGAUAUGGGUAUGAAUUUAGAGCAUAUGCAUCUGACCGUGAAGUUGAAUUUACCCAGUACAGAUUCACAAGAGAUCUCUUCCCAUCCUUUAAUGGAUGGAAAGCUGAUUGGAUUUGAGAACGACUUUGAGAAAAUGUUUCCACUUUGCUACAGAGUUUCACUUAGCGAACUAUUGCAAGAUAUGAAAGAUGAUAAGGACAAUGUGACUGAAGACAAUGAAAAAAAUCAGAAGAAAGCAAAUGACGAUUCUGAUGCUAAUAUGGACCUUGAGAAUCAAUUAUCUUUCCUUGACGAUAUUACCAAUGACAUAAUGCUAAACCCUAAAGCUCAGUUGAGGAGAUUAAGAACUUUAGAUUGGGAUUCUAUCUAUUCUGAUUGUAUUGAAAAUCAAGAAAAUAGUGAAGAGUACAAAACUAUACUAAGAAGUACGUUAGGAACUAGAGGAGGAGGAGACAUUGCAGAUCUAGAACAAGGUUAUCAAUUAGAUUAUGGUGAUAAUUUAUUUACUUUACCAAUUUCGAAAGUCAAAGUUAUUAAGCAAAGGAAUAACAUUGUGAAUUUGAAUAGUAUUGGGUUAAAUUUCUGGUCUCAUUUAAAUCUCAACCCAAUCAAUGGUGUAAAGAAUUAUCAAAUGCUCAUGGUGUCUGAAAUAACUGAUACUUAUUUGGAUUGUAAUAGUCAAUUUUUAUCAGCUUUAGUUUAUAAUUACAGAGAAUGUAAUUUGGGUAACAUAUCUCCUCUCAAUAUUUCAUCAGAGGUUAGACCUGACCUAGAAAUUAUUUCCAAUGGCAUGGUGCAGGUUGAAGUUCAUGGUGGAAGUCAUGAUGAUUACUACAGACAGGUUAACAAGAAGCUCAAAUCGCUAGCAGAAUUGAUUAGAUUGGAUUUAAUCAAUAAGACGCACCGGUUUGAGUUUGGUAGGCCAUUGUUAUUGUUCUUUGUUAAUUUUGAUGAUUCAUUAAAUUCUUUGAUAAAGAUAUCAAAAUUGUGUCGCAAUUUUCAAGAAUCAUUGCAUCGCCAUCAAGUCCCAUUGGUAGAAGUAUUCAAUUACGUUAUACCUUGGAGCAAGAUUUUCAAAGUACGUGGACUGAGUAAACGAUUACGGCAUUUAUCAGAUCAGAUGUUGUCGAAGAUCUCUAUGAAUUUAUACAACCAAUGUCCAGAUAUGCAACAUCAAAUUCACCCUCUGAUCAAAUUAAAGUCAAGCUACUCUCAAGUAGUCAAAGAUUCUCCUUCGAAGAUUGAUUUUAGGUUAUUGGGCGGUGCAAAGGACAAUAGUGGUAGUACUGGUUUCAAUGGAGAAGUCUUCUUACAUUUGGCAUGCGAACGCUCGAUAGAUAGAAAUUGGUUCGUUGCUGCAUGGUCUGAUCCUUUAGGUCAAGUGGCAUAUAUGAAGUCUUGGUUCUGUUCUCCAUCUUUCAAAUCCAGUGCAUCAUCAGGUUCUGGCUAUCACGACCUAUCAAAAAUAUGUGAUGAGAUCUGGGAAAUUUCUGAUGAAUUGUUCAAGAAAUUGAAUCAGAACAUUAUUAGGGAGAUGUCAGGAUUCGGCGGAAGGAAGUUUUUGGUCUUAACAAGAAUUAACAGUAUUAUACCAGAUGAAGAAUUGGUUCAUUGGAAGAGGUUGAGUUCAAAAAAUAAAGAAAUCUCUUUAAUUGUUCUUAGUGUUAACCUGAAGCCCAAAGUACUUUUUAAAAUGGAUGAUGUCGAGAGCCCUAAUGAAGUUGAAGGUGACUUCCAAGCACCUUCUGAACAACUGAUUCCGCUGGUUCCAAUAGAUAUAGAAUCAGCUGGAAGCACCAUGAAGACUGAACCUGAUUUUUUCAAAAACUUUUCUAUACCUGAGUCGACCAACUCCUCUCCUAAUGCUGCUAAUAUGGUUAUGGCGACAUCUCCGUACACUGGUUCAGGUAUGAAUUUCCAUUCUCCACAGCAAUUUACUAACGCUCCGAACAAUUUCCUUUCACCGCAAGAUUUUUUUACAGGAUCAUCGUCAACUAUUAAUAAUGCCAACAGUGGGGAACUUAACAAUAAUUUCUUCGGGUCUCAAAAUAAUAUUGUGAGUGAUACAAGAAUUAAUAACAACAGUUUGGUGCUUACUGAUCCAAGAGACACAAUAACAGCUGUGCUUCCUAAAGUCCCAUUGCCAUCGUUCAAUUCACCCUCUAGAUUAGGGAUGAAGAUUGGAUUUUUGAUCAAGGCAGUUAAUAACGAAUAUUUAGUUUAUGAGGUUAAUUUACUUAGUUGUUCAAAUUAUUGGAACUUGAAUUCGAUUAUGCAAAUUAUCUUAAAGCAGUAUAAAAAGUUAAUUACAUUGAAUUUCUUAUUGGGAAUUAGGGAAAGGAGUACAAGUAUUCAAGAUGAAGAAGGCUAUGAAGGGUUGAUCCCGUGGCAUAUUGCUGCUGUUACCAGACAACUACAGUAUUUAGUUCAUAUAGAAGUUGAAGAGUGA